AGAAAGCACCUCAUAAACCCAGCUUCAUUAUGAUCACUGGGCCUGAUUUCACAGCUGGGAAACUAAGGCCAGGAAAAGUCUGGCAUCAUGUAGAACUGAAUCCUCUGGGGGUGCUGGGAAGAAGAGCUCUGAGCCUAGAGCUGCUGAGUCUGACCCAUGAGGUCACAAUACAACCUCCACAGGUGGGGCAGGGCUGAGUCAGGCCCCUUGGCUAGAGGGCAGGGGAGAGGCAGCAUGGGCUGUGGCCCCCACUGGUGACCAGCCCCCACCAUGGGAAACAGCAGUUCCCACAAGAGGACCAAGGCACCGCAGCAGGCCGGCAAGGAGAAGCCGCCUGACAUGGACAAGGGCCGCAGUAAACAGCAAUUCUUCAGCCACCUCAAGAGGAAGAAGCCAAGUGUGAAGGCUCUGGGCGGAGCCCGGGUGGGCGAGAGCCCGGGCAUGAAGCCGGGAGGGCAGACCAAGAUCGUGCUACUUUUCCCCCUGGACAAGCGGCAGCAGCUGGCCGAGGCGGCGGCGGCGGCGGCGGCGGCGGCAGCGGCGGCGGGCGCAUGCGCGCGGCCCGGGCGGCCGGGUGAGGACGCGCCCCGCACCCCCGAGGGCUCCCGGUUGACGGCGCCCAUGCUGCGAGGCGCGGGCGACGGCGGCGAGCGGCGCGAGUGCGCGCGCGCGCGCGAGAUGAAGAAGAUCCUGGUGCUGCUGCUGCUGCUGGACGCCCGGCUGCAGGAGGAGGGGCGCCGCGCGGCGGGCGCGCCCGGAGCGGGGUCCGGCCCGGGCUCCGGCUCGGGCUCCGCGCCCGGCUCCGGCGCCAAGGCGGUGCAGGACUGGCAGCGGCUGUACGCGCGCCUGCUGACCGAGAGCGAGGCGGACCGCGAGGGCGACCCCCGCGAAGAGCAGCCCCGCAAGCGGCGCCGCUGCCCUCGCCCUCGGCCCUGA